AUGAGUGACGAAACCGAAGCCGGUGAUCAGGAGCGACGCAAGCCCUUGUCGUUGAAGCGACCAGGGCGACUCGAGCUCAAGGAGACGGUCGACGCCGGCCAGGUGCGGCAAAGUUUUUCCCACGGCCGCAGCCGCGCUGUCGCCGUCGAGGUGCGCAAGAAGCGUACGCUGAAGCGUGGCCCUGCGGCCGAUGGGGGGGCAGUGGCGCCCAAGCCGAAGGCAGCGCCCAGGGCAGCGCCGCCCGAGCCCGUGGCCGAGGCGCCGCCCCUGCCUCAGGAUGACGUGUACCAAACUUCCAGGGCGCCGCGCUCCCGGGUCGUUCUGCGCACGCUGACGAGCGACGAGAAGGCCGCCCGCGCGCGCGCCGUCGAGGACGCGGUGCGCUCUGAGCGUCAAGAGCGGGAGCGGGCGGUAGAGGAAGCCCGCCGGCGCGCUGUGGAGGAAGAACGACAUGCCGCCGAGCACGCCCAGGCCGAGCGGCGGAAGAGCGAAGAGGACGCCCGCCGCAAGGCCGAGGAAGAUGCGCGCAAGAGGGCGGAGGAGGAUGCCGCACGGAGGCUUCCACAGCCGGAGGAGCCCAAGGCGGAAGCCGCCGCCGCUCCGGGGGCGGCGGGCGCGGUACGACCCGCCCGGCCCGGCGCAGCCCCGGCGGAAGAGGAGCGCGGGAGACCCCGCCGUCGCGGCGAGCAGCGUCGCCCCGCCAGCCCUUCGCGGCGUGACCAGCCCCGCCGGCGCGGUGGCAAGAUCAGGCUCUCGGAGGCCCUCGACGGCACCGAUCUUGCGAGCCGCAUGGCCGUGCGCGGCGCCGAGGUCGUGAAGCGCCUGAUGGAGAUGGGUACGAUCGUGACCAUCACGCAAUCGAUCGAUGCCGACACGGCGCAGCUCGCGGUCGAAGAGUUCGGCCACAAGGUCAGGCGCGUCAGCGAGGCCGAUGUCGAGAUCGGGCUCAAGGGCGAGGACGAUACAAUCGACGCUCUGCUCAUCCGCUCGCCCGUGGUCACGGUCAUGGGCCAUGUCGAUCACGGCAAGACGUCGCUGCUCGACGCCAUUCGCUCCAGCGACGUUGCCUCCGGCGAGGCAGGUGGGAUCACGCAGCACAUCGGUGCCUACCAGGUGGAGACCCCCAAGGGCGCCCGCAUCACCUUCAUCGACACGCCGGGCCAUGCCGCUUUCACGGAGAUGCGCGCUCGCGGCGCGAGCGUGACGGAUAUCGUGGUUCUCGUGGUGGCGGCGGACGAUGGCGUCAUGCCGCAGACCGCCGAGGCAAUCAAUCACGCGCGCGCGGCGGGCGUCCCCAUCCUCGUCGCCAUCAACAAGAUCGACCGGCCGGACGCCGAUCCCAACCGCGUGCGCCAGGACCUGCUCCAGCACGAAAUCGUGACCGAGGCGAUGGGCGGCGACGUGCUCGCCGUCGAGAUAUCGGCGACCCAGAAGCUCAACCUCGACAAGCUGGAGGAGGCGAUCCUGCUCCAGGCGGAGUUGCUGGAGCUCACCGCCAACCCGGACCGCGCUGCCGAAGGCGUCGUGAUCGAGGCCAAGCGCGGCACGCUCCGCAUCGGCGAUAUCGUCGUUGCCGGCGCGCAAUGGGGCCGGGUGAGGGCGAUGUACGACGACCACGGCGCUGCCACCAAGGCGGCGGGACCGGCGGUGCCGGUCGAGGUACUCGGGCUCAGCGGCGCGCCCCAGGCAGGCGAUGAAGUCGUGGUGGUCGAGAACGAGCGCCGGGCUCGCGAGGUCUCCGAGUUCCGCCACGCGCGUACCAGAGAGAAGGAGGUCGCGCGCGGCGCCCCGCUCAACCUGGAGCAGCUCUUCUCCGAGAUCCAGGAGAAGGAGAGCAAGAGCGAGCUUCCGCUCGUCAUCAAGACCGAUGUCCAGGGCUCGGCGGAGGCGCUGGUCGGCGCGCUCGCGCGGCUCGGCACAGACGAGGUGGCGGCGCGCGUGCUCCAUUCGGGCGUCGGCGGCAUCACCGAAGCGGACGUGACGCUCGCCGCGGCGUCCGACGCGACGGUCUUCGGGUUCAACGUGCGCGCCAACGCACAGGCACGCGAGCUCGCCGCGCGCACCGGGAUCGAACUUCGCUAUUUCGCCGUCAUUUACGACGUCGUCGACGAGGUCAGAGCCAGUCUCGAAGGGAUGCUGCGCCCGGAGGCGCGCGAGCGGACACUGGGCAACGCUCAGAUCCUCCAGGUGUUCGAGGUGGGCCGCGUGGGCAGGAUCGCGGGAUGCAGGGUGACCAACGGCCUCGUGCGCCGGGGCUCGAAGGCGAGGCUGCUGCGCGACGAUGUCGUCAUCCACGAUGGCGCGCUCAAGACGCUCCGGCGAUUCAAGGACGAUGUGCGCGAGGUGAAGGAAGGUUACGAAUGCGGCAUGUCGUUCGAGAACCAUUCCGAUCUGCGCGAGGGCGACGUCAUCGAGCUCUAUGAGAUCGAGGAGAUCGCGCGCACGCUGGAGGCGUAG